AUGGCCGCUCCAGCAGUUGGUGUCCUACCCGUCGCCAGUAUCAAUAUCAAUUAUGAGGAAGAGACAGAAAAAAUACGCGAGUUUUUGACAUCUUAUGUACCUCCAGUCCGAAGCAGAAGAACAUUACCUUCGGAUGAUGAUGAAUUAGCCGAAGAUGAAGAUCAACAAGAUGAAGAAGAAGAUGAAGAUGAAUUAGCAGAUAACAUGUCAAGUUUAAAUGUCAGAGAAGAAAGAUCUAAAGCGAAAUACGUAAAGAUGUUGAAAAAAGUAGCGAAUAGACAGAAGGAGGAAGUCGUCGUGGAUCUGAAAGAUCUGAAAGAUUUCAGCAACGAUCAAACCCUCCUUCACAAUAUAACCCGUAACACAAGAAGAUACAUCCAACUGUUCUGCGAUGUCAUUGAUAAGAUCAUGCCUGAACCGGAUCACGAACUUGAUUUCACCUCUGACGUACUUGAUUUGAUCAUGCAACAAAGAAGGGAAAUGAAUGAACAAGUUCAAAAUGGGGAAAGAAAUGAAGAUGGUGGGAUGUUCCCUCCUGAAUUAAUGAGAAGAUAUAACCUAUAUUUCCGACCUCUGCGAAACACUGAAGUCCUCGCUGUAAGAGCCGUCCGAGGUGCUCAUCUCGGUCACCUCAUCACCGUACGAGGUAUCGUUACUCGAGUAUCCGAAGUGAAACCACUCCUUCUCGUCAACGCAUAUACAUGUGAUUCAUGCGGUAACGAAAUUUUCCAAGAAGUCGCUCAAAAAGCUUUCACUCCCUUAACCGUCUGUCCAUCUGCCGAAUGUACACAAAAUCAGACCAAGGGUCAAUUACACAUGCAAACUCGUGCAAGUAGAUUCCGACCUUUCCAAGAAGUGAAAAUUCAAGAAAUGGCUGAUCAAGUUCCCGUUGGUCAUAUACCACGAUCCAUGACUAUACACUUGUAUGGAUCAUUAGCAAGAUCAGUCAAUCCGGGAGAUGUGAUUCACGUAGGAGGUAUAUUCUUGCCAACACCCUAUACUGGAUUCAGAGCGAUCAGAGCUGGAUUGUUGCAAGAUACAUUCUUGGAAGCGAUGCAUGUUCAUCAAUUGAAGAAACAAUAUCACGCAAUGGAAUUAACACCUGAGCUGUCAAUUGAAAUUGAAGAAAUGAAACAAGAUCCAAAUCUCUAUAACAGAUUAGCGAACUCAAUAGCACCUGAAAUUUACGGUCAUGAAGAUGUUAAAAAAGCUUUACUAUUGUUACUUGUUGGAGGUGUAACAAAAACUGUCGGAGAUGGAAUGAAGAUUAGAGGUGAUAUAAACGUUUGUUUAAUGGGUGAUCCAGGUGUAGCCAAAUCUCAGUUAUUGAAAUAUAUCACAAAAGUAGCUCCUAGAGGUGUUUAUACCACUGGUAGAGGUUCUUCAGGUGUUGGUUUGACAGCUGCCGUAAUGAGAGACCCUGUAACCGAUGAAAUGGUAUUGGAGGGAGGUGCACUUGUGCUUGCCGACAACGGUAUCUGCUGUAUUGAUGAGUUUGACAAAAUGGACGAGUCAGAUCGAACGGCAAUCCACGAAGUCAUGGAACAACAAACCAUUUCCAUAUCAAAAGCAGGAAUUACCACCACUUUGAACGCUCGAACAUCAAUCCUGGCAGCUGCGAACCCUCUUUACGGCCGAUACAACCCCAAAGUCUCACCAGUCGAGAAUAUCAACUUACCCGCAGCGUUACUGUCGCGUUUCGAUGUUAUUUUCCUCAUCCUCGAUACACCUUCAAGAGAAGAUGACGAAAGAUUAGCUCAACACGUCACUUUUGUUCACAUGCACAACACACAUCCAGAAUUAGAUUUCGAGCCUGUUGAACCUACGUUGAUGAGACAUUAUAUCGCUGCGUGCAGAAGGAUUAGACCGAUUGUCCCACCUCAAAUGUCGGAAUAUAUCGUUUCGUCAUAUGUUCAAAUGAGGAAACAACAAAAGGAAGAUGAAGCGGAAGAUAAAGCAUAUUCAUACGUAUCAGCAAGGACCCUGUUAGCUGUAUUACGACUGUCACAAGCUUUAGCUAGAUUAAGACAAGAUAAUAUAGUUGGCCAAGGCGAUGUGGAUGAAGCUUUGAGAUUAAUGGAAGUUUCAAAAUCUAGUUUAUAUGAACAUGCGGCGUCGAGAAAUCAAGGUGAAGAUCAAACUGACACAUCUAAGAUCUUCAGAAUCGUUAAAGAUAUGGCAACUAUCUCUGCCAGAGAAAGAAGAGAUCAAAGUGAAGAAUAUCAAGAUCAAGAUGAAUUAGAAGAGUUAACGAUGACUGAUGUUAGAAAUAGAGUUUUAGCUAAAGGUUUCACUGAAACUCAAUUCAUGGAUACCCUCUUAGAGUACGAGAAUAUGGGAGUACUAGUUAGAACUGCAAAUAAUACGAGAUUGAGAUUUGUAGCUCCGGAUGAGUAUUAG